AGAAUCCCUUGCGGGAAAGCAUGCCCUUCGAACGCGCUUUAAAGGGAUGGCGUCAGGUGGCUAGUCCGUAUGAAGGCUGCCGGCCGCUGACGCCCCCUUGCGGCUGUAAGGAGACCCCAGUGGUCCCUCCCACGAGCGGGGGGCGUGUGCCGCAUCGGAGCACCGAGAUCCGCCCCAAAGCGUCGCUGCGGCGGCGGCGGCGGCGCCUCCUCUUCCCUCCUCUCGUCCGGGUCUUGCUGGAGCCGCGGGCGAGAGCGAAGAUGGCGACGUGGGCGUGCGGGAUGCCGGCGCGGCGCUUGCUGCUGCUGGCGGCGCUGCGGGGCGGAGACCCUUGCCUGGCCCGCGGGAGCGGCGGGGGCCGGUGAGCAGCUUGCCCUCCCCUCCCCACCCGGAGCCCACCUCCGAUGCUGCCUUGCGCACUUCUCCAUGCCCAAAGUCUUGCGCCUUUGCUUGCGCCACGGGCGCUCCCCGGGUGGCAAAGGGUUAAUCUCCAGGAGGCUGGGGGGGGGGGAGGGAUCAAGCCUUCCUUAGGAUCGCAACAAACCCGGGAGGAAGGAAAAGGAUCGUUUUCACUUUGCGCCCUUGGAGGGCUGGUGAGGCCUGACCUUGGAAGCUCUUAAAACGCAGUGGACUUUGGGGUCGUAUCCAACAUUGGGGUCCUACUCCUAGGAAGCCCAUUGAAAUGAAUGGACGUUACUUAACCUAGUGCCAUGAACUUCAAGGGGCCUGCUCUUGACUUGGUUGGAUGCAACCCUGUUUUAAAAUGCUCGUUUGCUUGAUUCUUGCAAGUUUUGAGAGUCUUCUCUUUUCCCCACUCUCCUGUCUGUCAUGGAUGCUUCAGCUGAGAUUUCUGCAUUGCAGGGGGUUGGACUAGAUGCCCCUUGGGUCCCUUCCAACUCUUAAGAGUCUAUGAUGCCUUAGGCUGCAAAGCUAAUCCCAUUGACCUGCAAGUAAGCCCCACUGAAUCCAGCAGGAUUUUUGUCUGAGUAGAUGGACUUAUUAGGCUUGUGCUGUAAGUAACAAAUUAUUUCGAAAGCUGGAAUUUUGGACUAGAGAUUAGCUAUGAGCCCUUGGCUAACAGGUCAGUCUUUUCCAACUUGGUGCCUUCCAGCAGUUUUGGAUCCAGCUGCCACCAACCCCAGCAUCUUAUGGCUGGAGGGCACCAGGUUGGGGAACCCUGGUGUCCAUGUUCACAUAGUCACAGCCCCUGAAGGGGCCAGUGGGAAUCCUGUUGAGUUAGCCAUGCCUCCCUGAUGGAUUGUUUACCAUCUAUUUUCUGAAGUUAAUGAAUGACCAACGUUGGUGCAAAGGUCUUGGCUGCAAAGAAAGGGUCUCCCCCCCCUCUCUUUAUUUAUCUAGUUGCCAUCUUAGAUAAUGGUACCCGUUGCUCGGUAGAGCUGUGUUCGAGAGAAGCCGUUCAUUUUUUAUUUCGCAGCUUUUGCAGAUAGAUAUUUUAUUUUUACGUGGGGAGAGCUUAAGAGAGAGAAGCUUGAUCAGAAUGUCUAUAUAAGCAUAUUUGUACCGAAACUUCCCUUUCAUGUCAGUUAUCCAUACAAACAACCUUGUGAGGUAGUUCUGUAUUAUUAUUCUCCAUCUCCUAGAUUUUUUUUGGGGGGGGGAGGGUAAGAGGUGAAAUGAGGGGUCUGUCCUGAUUCACAUUUCACUCUAUUUCACAGGAUUUAUAUACCGAUGGAUUGUAAUAACAACUCAAAGCAGUUUGCAAAAAGAGCAAAAUGUUAAAAUUACCAUUAAUUUAAAAAAAACUUAAAAUAAUUUUAAAAUGAACAAUAAGGUAAAAAGCAGGUUAAAACAGAUGUUGACAUUCUGCAUGUCUGGAUAGGCUUGCCGGAACAAAAAUGUUUUCAGCUGUUCCCAUUUCACAGCUGGGAAUGAAGCUUGGAGCAAUCUGGUACACGAAACUAAAGUACCGUAUUUUUUGCUCUAUAGGACGUAUCGGACCAUAGGAGGGGGAGAACAGGAAAAAAAAUAAUUCUCCCCCUCUCUGCUCAGCGCCCCUUCAGCGAUGAGGCAGGAGAAACGGAGCUCCUUCCAUUUCUCCUCCUGCUUCGCUGAAGGGGCGCUGUGCAGAGAGGGAAAACUGUGCAGCGCUUCUCCAGCGAAGCCUGGAGAGCAAGAGGGAUCGGUGUGCACCGACCCCUCUCACUCUCCAGGCUUCAGACGGCUAUCCGCAAGCCUUCGGAGCGCAGCGGGAAUUCCUGCUGCGCUCCGAAGGCUUGCAGAUAGCUGCCUGAAGCCCCCGGAGCGCAGCGGGGGGCUUCAGACGGCUUCAGCGAAAGCAACGCGAAGCCUCCGGAGCGCGGGGGGAGCUCUCCCUCUGUGCUUCAAACGCUUCGCGUUGCUAUCGCUGAAGCCAAGGAGCCUGCAUUUGCUCCAUAAGACGCACACACAUUUCCCCUUAAUUUUUGAAGGGGGAAAAGUGUGUCUUAUAGAGCAAAAAAUACGGUAAACCAGUAGCAUAGUUUUCCAAGAUGCAAAAUGCUCCAUUCAUCCUCCACCAGCUCGUUUUUAAGAGCCCAUGCGAACUGAUGCAGAAUUAUCCACAACACAAGGGCAUAAUAACUUAAAACAAGGAAGGCUACUUGCUUCAGAACCCUUAUGCUGAUUAUGCAGGGACUGAAAUUCAUUAUUUGCCUUUGAGAAGUAAUGAAUUGACAUUCAUCCUGUUCCUUGGUUGCCUGGAGGUGAUUUCUCACUCGCCAUAGGCAACCAGGCGAGUAGCAAUUCAGAAACCUGGUCCAGAUGUUUUGCUGCGAAGGCUGCCAUCUCCUCCCUUUGGUGGGUUGCCUUUCUGACACCUGCAUUUUCUUUCAGGGAGUACUCCAAAGACCACGAAAGCAGCUGGUUCCGUUCCCUCUUUGUCCACAAAGUGGACCCCCGAAAGGAUGCCCAUUCCAACCUCCUGUCAAAGAAAGAGACCAACCACUUGUACAAGAUCCAGUGUGAGCCGCCACCCCCCUCGUCCCUAAGCUUGCUUUCCCCUCUGCUCUUGUCGUAAGCCUCUGUGUUGCUUUCUGCACGGGUGAGGGCCAAGGGCUGGUCCGCGGGUAAGGACUGUAAGCAGCAGCAACAGAUUUCGCGUCUUCUGUUCAGCAGAGCAGCUUGGGGAGGUGGGUGAUCGACGAAGAGCCUUCCAUGCUUUGCGUAAAAACCAUGGAACCUUCUUGGUGCAGAACUUUGGCUUUCUGAAAACUUAAAUAUUUUUAAAAUGUCCCCCCAAAACAGUACUUCUGUCUUGUCAGGAUUCAUCCUCAUCUAGAAAGUCUCUAGUCCAAUUAGGUCUCUCCAGAUGUUUCUCUGGAUCUGGGGAGGCUGUCUCAAUUGAUGGUUGCCUCUCAAAUGGGAGAUGAAUGGAUGUCAGGUGUUGUAAAAGGAUGAAGGAGAAAACGCUGAAAAUUAAGGCAUUGGUUGGCGGGGGAGCAAGUCAGGUUUCUCAACCUCUUGAUUACAGAAACUACGUUGACAGUCUCUGUUGUCUGUGAUAUAGUGACUUCUUGCUGCCUGCUUCCAACCAAUCUCCUAUCAGUGUCCAUGGCAGACUUACUCAAACCACCCUCCCACUGCCCAAUCUGUUCCUUGCCUCCAAGAAGUUCCAAAUUCUGUGCAAGAUGCAAAUACUAAACAAACAGGCAAACAGACAGACAUUCAGAAUUAUGUUAGGCAGGAAUAAUGCACACAGAAUAAUCUUCAAAUAUCUGAAGGGCUGUCACAUGGAGCAAGCUGUUUUUCUGCUGCUCCAGAGAGAUAGGACCCCCAAACCAAUGGAUUCAAACAACAAGAAAGGAGAUUCUGACAAAGCGUUCAGAAGAACUUUUGAAGUUGUUUGGCAGUGGAAUGGGCUCCCUUGGAAGGUCAUGGCCUCUCCUUCAUUGGAGAUUUUUAAACAGGGGUGGGAUGGCCAUCUGUCAGGGAUUCUUUAGCCAUGAUUCCUGUCUCGCCAGGGGUUUGGACUAGAUGACCCUUGGUUGCCUUCCACCUCUACAGUUCUAGGAUUCCAUUUCAAAAAUAAAAACACCCUGUUGCCGUUACUUGAGAAUUUGAGAAUAGGAUCUGGAUUCUGGAAUAGAAUCUGGAUUCUUGAUGCGUCUUUUAUCUGGACAGAAUACUUGUUGCUUCAGGAAAUGUAUUAUUAUUUAUUCGGUGCAGAAUGCUUGCUGUGGGGCAGCCACGAAUUUCCCUGCUAGCUCACCAGGGGAACGAGUUGGUCCUGUUCAAGGAGACUGUUUUGCUGCAGGCUUCCUCCGCUCUUCCUCCCUCCCUCUUACUUUGCAUUUGAUACUAAGCCAAACGCAACUGUUUCCUUUGUCAUUUCAGUCCACAAUGUGAAACCUGAGUGCCUGGAUGCCUAUAACAGCCUGACGUAAGUCUCUCCCGCUGUCAGGAAUUCUGAGAUUGAGAAGAGAGGUUAUUUAAAAGGCCUAACGACAGUAUAGUGCAAUUCAAUAGUAAAACUCCACAAGCAGGCAUUUUGCUGCAGUGUUCAGGGAGCCGUCCAGUACCUACUCCAUCUUCCCGGAGACUCCAUUCCUUUUAAAAUAUUUAUUUAUUUAUUUGGUUUUCCAAAUUGAAAUUUUACAGAGCUAUAUCAAGCGUAAAUCUUAAAAACAAGGUUCCAAGGAAUCUCCUGGACUUCCAUCCUCCCCUUUGUGGGUCCUAUUAUUAAUCAUUUCCUCUGGCAUCUUUUACGAUGAUCCAAAUCUUUUACCUCUUCCAUUAUGUCCAAAAUUCACCCUUAUUCACUACAAGUGAUAUUCUAGUCCUACUAACAAUUUUAACUGUUUGCGGUGGUCUGACAACUACAAUAGCUAGAGGUGUUUUAAAUUGUGGGGAGAGAGAGAGAGACGCUUCUCAACUUUUCAUAAUACUAGGUCCUCUUGUGAAGGGAGCUGCCUUCACAGGCAGGGAGUUCCAAAGUGUCGGUGUCUGGGGGAAUUAUAGGGACAGAACUACCCAAACUUUGUAGAAAUUUAUUCAUGUAUGCGACUACAGUGGCAAGAAUGUUACUUGUCCCAAAAAUGGAAAGAAGAAGAAGUCCCAGAGAAAGAAGAAUGGGUACAAAAACUUACAGAAUAUGCAGAAAUGGCAAAACUUACCAGGAAAAAAAGAAAUCACCAUAACAACCUUUUUAUAAAAGAAUGGAAAUGGUUUAUUGAUUAUUUACAAACAGAUAAUAAGAACAUUGGCAGGAUUAUUGUAAUAACCUGCAGUUUUAUAAGAGUAUAUGUUUAAAGUAGAUGAGUAAAUUAAGUUAAUUUGUAAUAUGCGUGGGGGGGGAAUAAUUUAAGCAACCGCAGAAAGGGGGGGGGAGGAAGUCAUGUUUUGAAAUGUUAAAAUGAUUGUAAAAUUAUUGAAAUGUAUAAAACUGAAAAUCAUAAAAAACAAAAGUAAAGGUGCUGCCACACAAAAAUAUUUAGUUUUUACAAAUGCGGAACAGACAUUAUGUGAUACUUGUAACAGUGCCAGUUCUGCCGGUCGAAGUGGUUGUGGGGACAUACGUAUGUGGACUAAGGUGAUGCUAUAGGUAUUGUUAUUCAUAAUUGCUGCUAAUAAUAAAUGUGAGCCUUGGCUAUCCCCACCUUGCCUGUCAAUUCCAUGUCUGUUUUGCAGGGAGCAGGUACUUCCAAAGCUGCACUCGGACUCGGACUACCCCUGCGACCUGGUUGGCAACUGGAAUACUUGGUAUGGUGAACAGGACCAGGCAGGUGAGGGGGCAGGGCCAACCAUGCAGGGUGGGUUUAGGGGCCUUCGAGUUCUGCCUUGACAGAAAGUUCAUUGCAUAUGACUCGGGGAGCCAUAGCGAUUCAGCCCUUUCUCCCCUUCCAUCUUUAAAACAAACAAACAAACCCAUAAUCCAUGGGUAGGCAAACUAAGGCCCAGGGGCUGGAUCCGGCCCAAUCGCCUUCUAAAUCCAGCCCGCGGACGGUCUGGGAAUCAGCAUGUUUUUACAUGAGUAGAAUGUGCCCUUUUACAGUGGUACCUCGGGCUACAUACGCUUCAGGUUACAGACUCCGCUAACCCAGAAAUAGUAUCUCGGGUUAAGAACUUUGCUUCAGGAUGAGAACAGAAAUAGUGCUCCAGCGGUGCGGUAGCAGCGGGAGGCCCCAUUAGCUAAAGUGGUGUUUCAGGUUAAGAACAGUUUCAGGUUAAGAAUGGACCUCCGGAAGGAAUUAAAUACUUAACCCAAGGUAUCACUGUAUUUAAAAUGCAUCUCUGGGUUAUUGCUGGGGCAUAGGAAUUCGUUCAUUCCCCCCCCCCCUUUUCAAAAUAUAAUCUGGCCCCCCACAAGGUCUGAGGGUCAGUGGACGGACCCCCUGCUGAAAAAGUUUGCUGACCCCUGCCGGUGUAAUCCAUUAGCCACUGCCUCUAAUCAGAACCUCCAUGUGCAAGAGCAGUACAUCCACAAUUACUAGAUGGUGUGUACAUUCCCUAAGGAGGCCCUUGAGAUUCUGCCUUUCCUCCUCCCAGUAAAAAAGGGAAUUUCAGGACUUGAUCAACCACAAUCACCUGCAUGCAAAAUGGAUGCUCUAGCAGUGAGCCACGUGGGUAUUCGCUUUCAAAUGGGGUUUCUUGCCUAUCCCUUUGGGCUUGCAAGGAUUUGAGGCUCUUUUCUUCUUGUCCUAGUGCAUCUCUGGCGAUUCACCGGUGGCUACCCGGCCCUCGUGGACUGCAUGAACAAGCUGAAACAGAACCAGGUACCAAGCGCAGGUCUCUCUUCUCCAGAUGUACUGUUUGUUGGGGAAACACCAGGGAACUGCGUCUUCCCCUCCAAAGCGCCCCACGGGAUGAUUCAUCACCCUUCUGUCCUGAGUCGCUACUGCGACAUAUAUCUGAAGAUAUAUGCACACACAAACAUAGCAGAGUUCAAAGCAGAAGCUGGACUCCAGGUGUAGAAUUCUAAGCUAAUUUAUUAUGUACAAGAUCAAAUGUUACAGAACAGAGGAAUCACGGCUCCUCUCUCCUCAUCCGAGAGAGAACAGAAAAUGCAAUAGCACAACAUAACGGAACAGUGUACAGUGGUACCUCAGGUUAAGAACUUAAUUCGUUCCGGAGGUCCGUUCUUAACCUGAAACUGUUCUUAACCUGAAACACCACUUUAGCUAAUGGGGCCUCCUGCUGCUACCGCACCGCUGGAGCACGAUUUCUGUUCUCAUCCUGAAGCAAAGUUCUUAACCUGAAGCACUAUUUCUGGGUUAGCGGAGUCUGUAACCUGAAGCGUAUAUAACCUGAAGCGUAUGUAACCUGAGGUACCACUGUAAACUGAACUUCCGUUCUCAUGACUCCAACACACUGGAAUGUCAACCCAGACAUGUGAGGAAAACAGUCACACAUCAGCAGCAACGGAGGAAUGAAAUCUCAACACUUCUGGCAAGCCGACGGUGCCAGUGCCAGGCCACAUCUGGCUAGCUGGUCUCUGCAGCAAAGAGCCAGCAGCAAUCUUAAUGGCACAGUUGGGUAGCCAAGGCGAUGCCUUCCAGAUGUUGGGGUCCCCAACUCUCAUUGGCCCAGCCAGCAUGGCCCUCGAUCAAGAAUGAUGGGACAUCUGGAACCUGCCUACAUGGGAAGGCUGCCUUGAACUGAGUCAGACCUUUGGUCCGUCGAGCUUAGUGUUGUAUACUCUGACUGGCAGCAGCUCUCCAGGGUUUCAGAGAGGGAGUUUCUCUCAGCCUAACAUGGAGAUGUUCUGGGAUCUUCUGCAUAUAUAGCAGAUGCUCUACCACUGAGUUGUGGCCCUACAACAUUGAUUACCCUCUGGGUAGAGUGUUAGGCUUGUGCCUCUGACCCCUGGUUCAAGUCCCUGGCUAACUAUAAUAAUUUAUUAUACCCCGCCCAUCUAGCUGGGUUUCCCCAGCCACUCUCGGUGGCUCCCAACAGAAUUACCAUAUUUUUCACUCUAUAGGACGCACUUUUUCCCCUCCAAAAAUGAAGGGGAAAUGUGUGCGCGUCCUAUGGAGCGAAUGCAAGCUUUCGCUGAAGCCUGGAGAGAGAGGGGGGUUGGUGAGCACCGACCCCUCUCACUCUCCAGGCUUCAGGAAGCUAUCCGCAAGCCUUCGGAGCCCGGCGGGAACUCCCGCCGGGCUCCGAAGGCUUGCAGAUAGCAGCAAGCUCUGGGAGCGAAGGCGAGGUUGCGCAUAACCUCGCCCCCACUCCCAGACCCAUUCUGGGGUCGGGGGAAGCUCGGGCUUCCCCCGCCCCAGCCCCACGGCUAAAAAGGAAGCCAAGACAGCUAGCGGGAUCCAUCCCGCUAGCUGUCUUGGCUUCUGCCAAAGACGUGUGCUGCCUCUCCCAGCUGGAGAGGUUGUGCGUGGCUAAAGAGGAAGCCAAGACAGCCAUCGGGAUGGAUCCCGCUGGCUGUCUUGGCUUCUUUGCUCUUUGGGGCAUGGGGGGGAAAUAAUUUCCCCCCCUUUAUUUCCCCCCCCCCAAAAAAAACUAGGUGCGCCCUAUAGAGCGAAAAAUACGGUAAAAGCACAAUAAACCGUCAAUCAUUAAAAACGUCCUGAUACAGUGCUGCCUUCAGAUGUCUUCUAAAAGUCAGAUUUAUUUCCUUGACAUCUGAUGGGAGGGCGUUCCGCAGGGCAGGCGCCACUACCAAGAAGGCCCUUUGCCUGGUUCCCUGCAACCUCACUUCUUGCAUGGAGGGAACUGCCAGAAGGCCCUCAGAGCUGGACCUCCGUGACCGGGCUGAACGAUGGGAAUGGAGAUGCUCCUUCAGGUAUACUGGGCCGAGGCCGUUUAGGGCUUUAAAGGUCAGCACCAACACUUUGAAUUGUGCUUGAAAAUGUACUGGGAGCCAAUAGGUCUUUCAGAACCGGUGUUACAGGGUCUCGGCAGCCACUCCCAGUCACCUGUCCAGCUGCCGCAUUCUGGAUUAGUUGCAGUUUCCAGGUCACCUUCAAAUUGUGGCUGGGAUAACCCAAACAGUAACCAUCCGACAUAUAAGUACUGUCAACAUAUGACUUUCAGGUCAAUGAGAACUAGAAACUUGCUUGAAAGAACCAAAUCCCAUGCUUACACAGCACAACACUAGCCCACUUUCUUCGAUCAUGUCCCCCCCCCCCCCCAUGGAAAGUACUGAAAGCCCACAGCUAAGUGCCCAAGUGACCCUUCUGAUCUUUCCCCUUUCCAGGAGUACCUGGAAUUCCGGAAGGAGAGGAGCAAAAUGCUGUUGUCCCGAAGAAACCAGCUGCUCUUGGAGUUCAGCUUUUGGAAUGAGCCUUUGCCACGACCUGGGCCCAAUAUCUAUGAACUGAGGACGUACAAGCUGAAAGUGAGUUCUGGGGGGUGAAUCUUGGGAAGGGGACGGAUGUUACGGCUCAGGAUACUAAUAUCUCCUGGAACAUUUCUGCCAAUAUGAAAUCUACAUGAGCCUUCGGAUCAUCUGACACCCUUCUGGGAAAGCAUAUGGUCAGCGAGGCAGUUCAGGAGUUUGUUGGACCUUGCAUUCUCAGCAGAAAUUGAGUUCUAACAGGUAUCGGGAUAGUUGAAGUCUCCUAUGACUACUGUAUCCCUCCAUUUUGAAUGUUGGGUAAUAAUCUGCUCUAGGAAGGCAUCAUCCAAGUCUUCAGUCUGGCUUGGAGGUCUAUAGCAGACCCCCCACUGGAAGGUCACUGUUGUUUCGCUCUCCUACAGUUUUUCCCCAUAUACUCUCAAUUUGCCUUCUGUGCUCCAGGUCAUGGAUCUUUUCACUAGUGUACAUGUCCUUUACGUACAAUGCAUCUCCUCUCCCCUUCCUGUUUGGUCUACAGUGGUACCUUGGGUUAAGUACUUAAUUCGUUCCGGAGGUCCGUUCUUAACCUGAAACUGUUCUUAACCUGAAGCACCACUUUAGCUAAUGGGGCCUCCCGCUGCUGUCAUGGCAGCACCGCACAAUUCCUGUUCUCAUCCUGAAGCAAAGUUCUUAACCCGAGGUACUAUUUCUGGGUUAGCGGAGUCUGUAACUUGAAGCGUAUGUAACCCGAAGCAUAUGUAACCCGAGGUACCACUGUAUUCCUUUUGAAUAGGUUAUACCCCUCAAUUUCUACAUUCCAGUCAUGAGUCUCAUCCCACCAGGUUUUAGUAAUGCCUGUUAGGUCAUAUUUUCCAUCGUGUGUUAAAAGCUCAAAUUCGACUUGCUUGUUUCCCAUACGCUGUGCAUUAGUGUAGAGACAACUGAAACAAUAAGUCAUUCCCUCCAACUGCUUCCUCCUUGUAGUUUCCCGCCCUUUAGUAGGUUUCUGAAGCACCACCAGUUUCCUGUGCAUAGAUGAAGCUAUAUAUAGAUAUGCCCCAAAAAUUGAGCUUGGGAAGCUCACCACAACUCUUCGAGAGAGCUUUCCCUGAAUUUUUGCAAUCAUAACUACAAGCUGUGUACAUCACCUCUCCCUUUUGCUUUCAGCCUGGGACCAUGAUUGAGUGGGGAAAUAACUGGUAAGCAGAUUUUUCAAAUACAUUGAAUGUGCCACAUAUCCGCCACAUAAGUGGGUUGUUGUUGUUGUUUUUUACUGCUUAGAGAUUUUUGGAAAUGCUGGUUUCUAUGUUCUUACAAAUAUAUAUAUAUAUAUAUAUAUAUAUAUAUAUAUAUAUAUAUAAUCCUUUAAAAACCCACCAGCUUUUCAGUGCUCAUUUCUACUAAUACAUAGACUUUGCUCAUUAGGUAAAAGUGAAAGCGACAGUUUUGCCAUUUCCCCUUAAGGCAUUGCUUUUGUAUGUUGCUUUCUGUGCUGCAUGCAUUUUUAUGCACACUGCGAAGGAAGCAAUGCACCCAUUGCAUACCUGGGGAGCCUGUGCCCACCCCAUGCUGUUGGACUAUAGCUCCCAUCAUCCCUCACUUGGGGCCAUGUUGCCUGCUGGCUGGGAGUUGGAGGACCAUAACCUCGGGAGGGCUACACCCCUGAAGUCGUGGGGCAAGUGCAGGUUUGCCGUUAUCUCUUUGGGUGGGGCAGAAAUGGCCAAUGAUAGCAAUUCAUUUAUAACUUGCUUGCGUCUUGCCCUCUCUCUUGACUGGUGAACAGGGCGCGGGCCAUUAAAUAUCGCCAGGAGAACCAGGAAGCUGUGGGCGGCUUCUUCUCACAGAUCGGGGAGCUGUACAUCGUGCACCACUUGUGGGGUAGGUGGCUGCCCAAAUGGGGCUGAUGAAAUGUGUUGUAGUCCAAAAGAUCCAGAGGGUCAUGGGCAGCAGUUCUCAACCUGUGGGUCCCCAGAUGUUGUUGGACUACAACUCCCAUCACCCCUAGCUAGCAAGGCCAGAGCUGAGGGAUGAUGGGAGUUGUAGUCCAACAACAUCUGGGGACUCACAGGUUGAGAACAGCUGGUCUCAGGGGAAGACAGCCCUGCACCAGUCUCAAAAAAGCCUGUGGCCAUGAGCUCCAUUGGGUUACCCCUUAACUGCCUGCCUUUCUGUACAUUUCAUAGAAACAGAGAAUUGUAUAGAAGGGGACCGCCAAGGGUCAUCAAGUCCAGCCCCCUGCCAUGCAGGAAUCUCAGCUAAAGCAUCCAUGAUAGAUGGCCGUCCAACCUCUGCUUGAAAACCUUCCAAGGAAGGAGAGUUCACAACCUCCCGAGGAAGACCGUUCCCCUGUCAAACAGCUCUUAACUGUCAUAAAGUUGUUCUUGAUGUUUAGCCAGAAUCCCCUUUCUUGUAAUUUUAAGCCAUUAGUUUGUGUCCUGCCCUCCAGAGCUUGUUCCUUCUUCCAUGUGACACUCCCCGCCUUGAGAUUUUUGAAGAUGGCUAUCAUAUCUCCUCUCUUUUUUUAAUAAAAAAAUAGCUUUUAUUAAGAAUUUCAACAUAACAAAUUAUCAAAAACUUAUCAUCUUCAUUUCCAACCCCCCCCCCAUUUUUUCCUUCCGCCCUCCCCAGAAAAACUGUCCCUCCCACACACCCACACCCCAGACUUUCCUCAGCUCCCCUCUCCGGUUUUUCAACACAUAUUAUUCUCUGCAUAUUGUAAAAUUGUAAAGAUCCUUAAAUUAUCUAUCUUUUAUGUUAACAAUUAUAAAUUUGUGUAUGUUUGUUCAAAACCUUCCAAGGAGUCCAAUUCAUUUUGUUGUUGUUUUUUUAAAGUAAUUUGUAAAAAGUUCCCAUUCUUCUUUAAAGCCACAGUUGUCCUUGUCUCGCAGUUUGUAUGUCAAUUUCGCCAGUUCCGUAUCAUAUCUCCUCUCAGCCUGCUCUUUUCCAGUCUAGACAUACCCGAUUUCCCUCAACUGUUCCUCAUAGGGCUUGAUUCCCAGACCCUAGAUCAUGUCUUGGUUGCCCUUCUCUGCCCCCUUUCCAGCUUGUCAAUAUCCUUCUUAAAUUGUGGUGCCCAGAACUGUGUGGUGUGGUCUAACCAAGGCAGAAUAGAGUGGUACUAUGGGACUUCCGGGUUAGCGCCAUCGCCGAAUGGCGGACUCCCUCCGAGCUCCGGAGGGAGUCUGCUCGGCAGGGGCUGGGUCCUACCGCGCCGGCGACGCGGGGACCCUUAAAAACCACGGGCACGGAGUCCGUGGACAUGGGUGACUCGGCUUGCACCAUUAGCGCCCUCCCGACUCGUGAAGGAGCCUUUUAAAGGCUUGGAUCGGGUGCCGGGGAGUGGCGUGGUGCUUGAGUCCACUGCUUUCCCUGCCGGCGCAGCCGCAUGCCAUUCGACGGAGAGCGCUGACUUCUUCUAUUGAAAAUUUGGACUAUUAACAACAACCCGUGAGUAAUUGGGAAACCGGGUUCAAAAUUUUGGAUUUGGCACGAGCGAGGCGAUUUAAAAGGAAGUCAAUCCCCCCCCCCUAUUGUAAGCAUUCCAAAACAAGGACUGGGUAACCAAGGUCCAAAGGGAAGUAUGUCUCUGAUAAAAAUCAUUAAUUUCACGAUGGGAAAUUAUAAGAAAUGUGCUGGAGGAGAAAGAGUGGAGGGUGAGAAGAAAAAUGCAGCCCCCUGGGAACCGGGGCGAUUCGUGGAGCCUGGUGAAGAGAGACGGAGACUUUGACAGCUGUCAAAGUGGCUGUCAAAGCUGGAGAAUAUAAAGAGGACUUUAUGAGGACCUUGCUGGUUAAUUUUGCUACAAUUUGCUAUAAUAUGGAUAUAAACUGUUGGAAAAUAAGCAACAAUUUGACUUUUGGAUUAGAGGAUACAAAGUUAUUACAAUCCCCCUAGAGGGUUUCAGGAUACUACAAGAACGGUCGUAAGUGGAAAAAUACCCUGGGAUUCGCACAGGAUUUGUUAUCUUCUGGGAAAGCUGCAAAACUGAAAGAGUAUUUUGUCUACAGAGGAAGACAAUGGAAUUUUUAUUGAAGAAAGAAAGGGACUGGACGUAAGUUUUUGUUCCUGAAUAACAAACCUCUGCAGAGACACUAGAUUUCUGAAUUAGAAAGUUUUAGCAGCUGAACAGGACAAGAAACCUGAGAAAGUGAGGAAUAAGAAGAAUAAAGGACCGAUUACGACAUGGAAAGAACAACGGGAGGAGUGGUAAAGAUCAAGGAAAUUAAAGGCCUUUGUUAGAUUGGACAUUUGAAGUCAAAUACUAUUUAAAUUAAUAAACUAAACGAAACCGGCAAGAUGGAAUCGGGGAGAAAUCUGGUCAUGAAAUGAGACUUCCAAGCUGAUAAUGUAUAGCCUGAUGGACAUGGGAAUUCAAACCGGGAAGGGGGCAGAUUUGAAAUCCAAAGGCUGUGUAACCAUUUUUUGAACUUUUCUAUAUCUCUUAUUUUCUAUUUCUUUACAUAACUUACGCAUGUUAUUUACUUUGAUUGGACGUGUUUAAAAAAAAGGGAAUUUGUGGAAGGAACUGGGGUGGAUUUUGGGGAAAAUCUUUUUUCUUUUUCUGUUAAUGAUGUGGGACGGUGGUAAGAUUUGUACAAUUCAAUUUGGAUAGUGGGUUAAACAAAUUAAGCUUUAAAUUUGGGAGUGAGAGCUUGUAGAACCAAAUUAAGGAAAGGGGAAUACAAUUGGGGGGGCGGAGUCCCAGAAAGUAGGGAAUGAAAGUAAGGUUUUUAAAUAUCUUCUUUCUUUUGUCUUUUUUCUUUGUAUUUUUAUAUUUUUGGAAACUUUAAUAAAUAUGAUUUAAAAAAAAAAAAAAAGAAUAGAGUGGUACUAUGACUUCUCUUGGUCUGGACACUAUACUGUUGAUGGAGCCUAAAAUAGCGUUUGCUUAUUUUGCUGCUGCAUCACACUGUUGCCUCAUGUUAUGCUUGUGGUCUGCCAAGACUGCAUUAGCUUUUUCUGCUGCUUAACAUGAGUCAAGCACUUUAUGCAGCAGCCGAAAAGCUUCCCACGUCGAUGAGCUUUCCUGUGAUGUAGUGGUUUGCUGUCCUUCUAGCCUACAGGGACCUGCAGUCUCGAGAGGAGACAAGGAACGCUGCCUGGAGAAAGCGAGGGUGGGAUGAGAACGUUUACUAUACAGGUGAGGCAUCUUUUUCAACGGUGGUGGCUGGUACUCAGGGCUGAUGGCUUGCAAGGUAGGAGAGCAACAGCAGGGGGAACCAGCCCAGAGCCAAUGACGGGCUUUGGGAAUGAGACAGAGAUAAGAGCACUUAUUUUGCACUCCCUGCCUCGGCUGAUCUCUCCUGCAUCCACAGAGUCCCUGACGCAGAGUCCCUGGCGCUUAGAAUCAUAGAAUCAUAGAGUUGGAAGAGACCACAAGGGCCAUCGAGUCCAACCCCCUGCCAAGCAGGAAACACCAUCAGAGCACUCCUGACAUAUGGUUGUCAAGCCUCUGCUUAAAGACCUCCAAAGAAGGAGACUCCACCACACUCCUUGGCAGCAAAUUCCACUGUCGAACAGCUCUUACUGUCAGGAAGUUCUUCCUAAUGUUUAGGUGGAAUCUUCUUUCUUGUAGUUUGGAUCCAUUGCUCCGUGUCCGCUUCUCUGGAGCAGCAGAAAACAACCUUUCUCCCUCCUCUAUGUGACAUCCUUUUAUAUAUUUGAACAUGGCUAUCAUAUCACCCCUUAACCUCCUCUUCUCCAGGCUAAACAUGCCCAGCUCUCUUAGCCGUUCCUCAUAAGGCAUCGUUUCCAGGCCUUUGACCAUUUUGGUUGCCCUCCUCUGGACACGUUCCAGUUUGUCAGUGUCCUUCUUGAACUGUGGUGCCCAGAACUGGACACAGUACUCCAGGUGAGUUCUGACCAGAGCAGAAUACAGUGGCACUAUUACUUCCCUUGAUCUAGAUGCUAUACUCCUAUUGAUGCAGCCCAGAAUUGCAUUGGUUUUUUAGCUGCCGCGUCACACUGUUGGCUCAUGUCAAGUUUGUGGUCAACCAAGACUCCUAGAUCCUUUUCACAUGUACUGCUCUCAAGCCAGGUGUCACCCAUCUUGUAUUUGUGCCUCUCAUUUUUUUGCCCAAGUGCAAUACUUUACAUUUCUCCCUGUUAAAAUUCAUCUUGUUUGUUUUGGCCCAGUUCUCUAAUCUGUCAAGGUCGUUUUGAAGUGUGAUCCUGUCCUCUGGGGUGUUAGCCACCCCUCCCAGUUUGGUGUCAUCUGCAAAUUUGAUCAGGAUGCCCUUGAGUCCAUCAUCCAAGUCAUUGAUAAAGAUGUUGAAUAAGACCGGGCCCAAGACAGAACCCUGUGGCAUCCCACUAGUCACUCUUCUCCAGGAUGAAGAGGAACCAUUGAUGAGCACCCUUUGGGUUCGGUCAGUCAGCCAGUUACAAAUCCACUGAGUGGUAGCAUAGUCAAGACCGCAUUUUACCAGCUUCUUUACAAGAAUAUCAUGGGGCACCUUGUCAAAUGCCUUGCUGAAAUCAAGGUAGGCUACAUCCACUGCGUUCCCUUCAUCUACCAGGCUUGUAAUUCUGUCAAAGAAUGAGAUCAGGUUAGUCUGACAUGACUUAUUUUUCAGAAAUCCAUGCUGACUAUUGGUGAUCACAGCAUUCCUUUCUAGGUGCUCACAGACUGUUUGCUUAAUGAUCUGCUCCAGAAUCUUCCCUGGUAUUGAUGUCAGACUGACUGGGCGGUAAUUAUUUGGGUCCUCUCUUUUCCCCUUUUUGAAAAUAGGGACAACAUUUGCCCUCCUCCAGUCUGCCGGGACUUCGCCUGUUCUCCAGGAAUUCUCAAAGAUGACUGCCAGUGGUUCUGAGAUCACAUCUGCCAGUUCUUUUAAUACUCUUGGAUGCAGUUCAUCUGGCCCUGGAGACUUGAAUACAUCUAAACUAGCCAAGUAUUCUUGUACUAUCUCCUUAGUUAUUCUGGGCUGUGUUUCCUCUGCUGAAUCAUUUGCUCCAAAUUCUUCAGGUCGGGCAUUGUUUUCUUUAUCGGAGAAGACUGAGGCAAAGAAGGCAUUGAGGAGUUCAGCCCUUUCUGUGUCCCCUGUUUGCAUUUCACCAUCUCCUCCUCUGAGUGACCCCACUGUUUCUUUGUUCUUCCUUUUGCUACGAACAUACCCAUAAAAGCCUUUUUUGUUGCUUUUAACCUCUCUAGCAAGCCUGAGUUCAUUCUGUGCUUUAGCUUUUCUGACUUUGUGUCUACACGUGCUGGCUAUUUGUUUGAAUUCCUCUUUGGUGGUUUCCCCCCCUUUUCCAUUUUUUGUACACAUCCUUUUUUAAUCUUAACUCAGUUAAAAGUUCUUUAGAUAGCCACCCUGGCUUCUUUAGGCACCUUCUGUCUCAUUGGUAUUGCCUGAAGUUGUGCUUUUACUAUCUCCCUCUUAACAAACUCCCAGCCAUCAUGAACUCCCUUUCCUUUUAGUAUUACUGUCCAUGGGAUCUCACCCAGCACUUCCCUAAGUUUUAUGAAGUCGGCUUUCUUAAAGUCAAGAAAUUGAGUCUUAGUAUGCUUGGCUGCUCCUUUACGCUGUAUAGUAAACUUCAGAAGAGCAUGAUCACCCGCGCCUAAUGAUCCUUCCACUUCUACCCCACUAACCAGAUCAUCAACAUUGGUUAGGACCAGAUCUAAAAUGGCUGUUCCUCUUGUUGCUUCUCCCACUUUCUGGACAAUGAAGUUGUCUGCAAGGCCAGUGAGGAAUCUGUUUGACCUUAUGCUCUUGGCUGAGUGACCUUAUGCUCUUGGCUGAGUAGCUUAGAGAAGCUGUUUUUCUGAACAUCCUCUGCAGGAAAAAGCUUUGCCUCCCCCUAAUCCAGGGGUCAGCAACCCGCGGCUCCAGAGCUGCAUGUGGCUCUUUUACACCUUUGCCGCGGCUCCGGGGCAGAUACUAGCGAGGGGAGGAGGCGCAUUGUGCGCCCCGACACUCCCCACUGUGGCGGGGGCUGUACUGGCUCUGACGUCGCAUGGGGGCGGUGCGUGCGUUAGUCAUGCACCGUCCCGAUGUCACCUUCCCGCCCGCUGUCAGAUUGCGGCUCCGGAGAUAUAUUUGUUUUAAAUGUUGCAAUGGUUUUGGGGCCCCAGUUUUUUUUUCUUCGGAAACGGGUCCAAGUGGCUCUUUUUGUCUUAAAGGUUGCAGACCCCUGCCCUAAUCCUUAGUGUCCCAUUUCCAAAAUUCUUUUGAGCUUGAAUAUGAAAUUCAGGAGUUGCUUAUCCAGGUGUACCCUCACACCAGGGGUGCGGGACUAGAUCUGGCCAGUGGGCCGAAUCCUUAUCUCCUCAACCCUCCUCCAAGUUUGACAGGCGGCGUGGCCAUCCCACCUGUCAAUCACCUGGCACCAGGUGACUUGCUUUUGCCCUCGUGGACAGUUAGCUGGUCUGAGAGAGAAGAGGGAGCAGACUGGAAGGAGGAGGUGUCAGAAGCUGAAGAGGUAACCGGGUUUCGUGAGCAGGGAGAGUCUGUGGCAGAGAGCAGUCCAGAAUCGGAGGCUGGAGAGGAGGAGGGCCAAGAGGCAGAGAGAAGCCAGGAAGUCUCCCUCUCCUGUUGCGACCAGCUUCCCUCUUCCCUGGUCUCCCAGAACCAAAAGAGGCAUGAAGAGAGCAUAGCAAAGACAGACAAGGCAGAGAAUUCUCAGGUUGUUUGGGAAGGACCUGGGGGAAGAGGAGACUUAGGGAGCUGUGGGGACCUUCAGUCUUCGCAACUGCCUCAUCAGGGCAAGACCUACUGGGAAGCCUUGCUGUGCUCACUAGGCCUGAGCCGUUUGUCUCUUUGAAGAGUUAACUUCACUGACGCCUUGUGAGUUCCUGCUGGCCUGCUCCCAAUGCCCACCCUGGCAUUACCCCUGGGAGAACUCAGUCCCUGGAGAAGUUCUUCCUUCUAUGAAUUGCUUGGUAUUAAUUUUCUUUGACCAGAGAGCUUGUGGGGGGCUCCCUGUUGAGGGUGAGGGUGGAGCGGGCAGUGGCGGACAGGUUCCUCUGCUCUGUGUCCUUGCCGAGUGACCACCAGGUUUUCCUUUUGCAGUGCCUCUGGUCCGGAGCAUGGAAUCGCGAAUCAUGAUCCCCUUGAAGAUUUCCCCCUUGCAAUGAUGCUGUCGCCAGGCUGUCAUCUCUCUGCACCAAACACGCAAAAAGAAAUUGAGCUGGCCGCGUUUUCCUCCACCUGGAUCCUCUCUGAACUCUUUUCUGACCUUCUCUCCUGCCCCCCAUCUUCUCUUGUUGCUUUGUCUGGAGAUACCCAUCUCCUUGCCUUCCUCCCGCCCCCCCUUUCCUUCCAGCCUCUUGGUUUUCAGAAAGUGUGUCAGAAUCCUGCUGCGCUCAUUUUUUUUACUCUGAAUGAGAAGCCUGAAGGCUUGAUGUGUUGCCACAGAUGGACGACCCAGUCUGGCUUGUUCCGGAGGCUGAUGAUUCUCUAGAUGAAGCUGCUUAGGGGGUGCUGGCUGUUGCUUGCUGUGGCACACACAAUUAUAUUAAGAGUUGUUAAGAGGCCCCUGCUCCCCUCCUAGAACUACAGUUCCCAGAGUUCCCUGGGGGAAGGGAUUGAUUAUUAAACCAAUCUGGGAAUUGUAGUGCUGGGAGGGGAAUAGGGGGUCUUCCUAAGGUUGCUGAGACUUCUCAAUAAACCACAGCUCCCAGAAGUCAUUGAGGGGGGAGGCAUGAAGGUUUAAAGUAAUAGCAUAGCCCUUUAAGGUGUGAAUGCCACCUAAACUGGUAUUGUUGGAUUACAAAGGAAAUGACUCUUUUCUCCCCACCCCCUACCCCGCAACAGUUCUUAUCCUUGGAAUAGCCUUUUUGAUCGCUGCAAAGGCAGCCUCCAAACCUUUCUAAAAGGAAAUAGUUGUACCUUGGAAGUCGGAACGGAAUCCGUUCCAGAAGUGCAUUUGACUUCCAAAGUGUUUGACUUCCAAAUCGCGGCUUCCGAUUGGUUGCAGGAAGCUCCUGCAGCCAAUCGGAAGCUGCAGAAGCCCUGUCAGACGUUCGGCUUCCAGAAGAACAUUUGAAAACCAGAACAGUCUCUUCCGGGUUUUGAUCAUUCAGGAGCCAAAAUGUCCCAGUUCCAGGGCGUUCAACAACCAAGGUAUGACUGUACAGUUGUACCUCGGAAGAUAAAUGCCUUGCAAGUUGAACGUUUUGUCUCCCAAACGCUGCAAACCUGGAAGUGAGUGUUCCAGUUUGCAAACAUUCUUUGGAACCCAAACAUCCAACGCAGGUUCUGCAGCUUCCCAUUGGCUGCAGGAGCUUCCUGCAGCCAAUCGGAAGCCAUGCCCUGGUUUCCAAACAUUUUGGAAGUCGAAUGGACUUCCGGAACAGUUUCCAUUCAACUUCCGAGGUACGACUAUAAUGCACAACAGGGUAGCGUUCUCAGGAAUGUAGUGAAUGUAUACUGUGGGCGUGGGGAACCUUUAUAACCUGCUGGAUGUUGCUGAACUACAACUCCCAUGGUCACGCUGGCCAUGCUUGCCGGAAGUUGUAGUUCUGCAGCCUCUGGAAUGCCAAAAGUGUCCUCCUCCUAGCCUGCUUAGCUUGGUCUCUCUAUACGUGCACAGACCGAAAAAUCCCUGGUGGUUUAAAUGUGGUCGCCCAGCUGCGAGUUAAGAGAGGAGGUGGACAGAGACAGUGUCCUCUCAUUGGCACAAUGCAUCUUGUCUCUUGACCAGUUACCCAUCUCUGGGUAGCAUAGUGAGGCUGUGCUUGUUCGUAAUAAACUAUUUUAAGUGCUCUUCUGCCUAGGGACCAUGUGAAACAGCCUAGCUGCACAUGUAAUAAAAUAUUUAAUAUACUA